AAUAUUGAUUCAAUUUGUGACCCAAGGUUGAUCUGAAUCCAUUCAGAAGCUGCAUAUGACAGACCUUGUGUUAGUGUGAGACAGUACAGCCUUAAUGUGCAGCUUGCAGCUGUGAAAGACAAUAUAUCCUCAAGUCCAGGCCAAGAUUUUGCCUUUACUCUUAUGGGACAAAGCUCUUCCACCAUGUCCAGUCCUGUCAUCAUUCCUGCUGCAGCACGGCACACUGCCACGGUUAGCCUCUGAUAGUUUUUGUUCUCACUCUCAUUUCCUUUGUAGUGCACUAUUUCUAUGGUUCUCUGGCAAUAGAUGAUAGGGCCUAAUUCAGGUUGAAUAUUUCAUGUUACAUGUACUCAUAACCCAAGGAUAGAGAAUAUCAGUUUCUUGUUUAUAAGACUGUGUAUUAGUCGAAUUUGAAAUUUCUUUUGGAAGGGGUCUUGAAGGAAGACUACAGCCCCACAACCCAUUCUGUGAAUUCUGCCCAGAUGAAUUGUCACCUUCUUGAAUUUUCUUCACUUGGCAAGACAAGGCUGGUAUACAAUCUUGCAGUUUUUUUUGCAGAUCAUAAUCAUUUAAUUUUUGUGUGAGAAUAACUUAACAGCUGGUGGAAACAUUGUCAUCCUUUGCACUUAGUAAUGAUGCUCUUUUAAUGGAAAAAUUGUCCUAGCAAGAAUUCAGGAGGAGCAGAGACCUCAAAAAUCCCUCAAAUACCACCUAUCUUUCCAGCAUUGGUAUUUUUUAUGCUAUUUAAGAAGCAGGUCUGUUCUCUGGCAAUUCAUCUUGCAUGUAUGAUACCUUGAGGGAAAGGGUAAUUUUAUCAGAGGGCCACUCAUGUGUCAUACCUAUAUUGGCCUAUUUGUUCUAAUUCUGAUGUUCCUCACUGAAUUUUAUUCCAGCUUAUCUUUCUCCAUGGCCUUGGUGAUACUGGGUAAGUACCCUUUGAAUGUCCCUCCCCAUCAUUCUACUUAGGUGAUAGGUAAUAUAGGCAUGAAAUAAUGGCAUUAUUCCAUUUCCUAGGCAUGGAUGGGCAUCGGCAAUGGCUGCCAUCAGACCCCCUUAUGUAAAGGUCAUCUGUCCCACUGCAGAGUCAAUGUCAGUGACCUUGAAUGCAGGCUUUGUUAUGCCUUCAUGGUUUGACCUCAUAUCAUUGGACCCAAAUGGCCCAGAAGACAGAGCAGGAAUAGAAAAAGCAACUAACUUCGUGCAUGGGCUAAUAGAAGAGGAAUUGAAGAAUGGGAUUGAAGCAUCCCGAAUUGCUGUUGGUGGAUUCUCGCAAGGAGGAGGCCUGGCCAUUCAUGCUGCUUUACAAUAUCCCAAGAGUUUGGCUGGGAUUAUCGGCCUUUCCUGCUGGCUUCCUUUGCACAAAGACUUCCCAAAGGAGGCAAAGGGAAAUUUGACAACACGCCUAUUCCAGGCUCAUGGAUCAGCAGAUCCUGUUGUCCCUUUCCAUUGGGGUGCUGAAACAUCUGCACUCCUGAAGCAAUUCAUGGAGAACAGUGAAUUCAAAACCUACCCUGGUUUGUCUCACUCAUCAGGUGAACAGGAAAUGGAGGAUGUCAAAAAAUUUCUCCAGGAAGUGCUUCCUGAUAACUAAUGAAGCAAUUUAGGAUGGCAAGAAAACCUUCAAGAUGAAGCAGCCAAUCCCAUCAGCAUUGAAUUUGUAUCAAAUUUUCAAUUGGUGAAAUGAUAUAAUACCCCCACAUGAAUUAUUAGAAGAGAUCUAUUCCAUAUUCUCAGGAGGUGUUUGGUUGAAUGUCUUGAAAAGGUUGGCGUAUGGUUUGAACGAAGGAGAUUGAAGAUUGAGGAUUGAUAUUCUAUAUCAACCUCCUUUACCUCCCUUCAUGCCUUUUCCCAAUUCAGGAUUUCAUGGGAGAUUGCUUCUGAUGGAUUCCAAGAACAUCUCUCCUCAAAUAUGAGAGCUCUCUACAUUUUUUUUUAUAUAGA